AUGAAGCACCCAUCCGACAAAGUUGUUGAUGCUUUUGUUGGAACUGUAGGCCUAGAGCAGCGUCAGGAGGACAGCGGAUCAGCAACAAAUGUUGGCAACGGGCCGGACUCACCAGCUUCGUGCGCGACGAUCCACAGACCCAUCGCGAAGAGGCCCGCGAAAAACCCAUACAAGGACCAGAUAGAGAAACUCGCCAGAGAGCGGUAGGCUGCUGGCAACGCGACGGUGUACGUGUCAGCGAUGCCGGCGAGCUUCCAUAAGGACGUUAUGACGAUCAAAUCCCAUACGCUGCGCGU